AUGAGCAGGAUCCCUCCGAAUCUCCUGUACCUAACUAUCUACAAUCCGACCUUGAAGCCAGCUCGACCCGUACCCAAGGAUGACGAAGAUGCCGAAGAGCAAGCUCAUAUCAUCUUCUAUACCUCGAAGGACCGCGCCACCUCCCGGGAUAAGAUGCUCCGCCAGGUCGGCCUUGCAAAGGCGCUCGUAAACUUCUCUGCGUGCGUCGCUAGUGAUUUUGUGGCUAUAGCUUACUCUUUUGACACUAUCUUCUCCGUCUUGCUUGCUGCCUACAGCGCGUUCAACGCCAGCGAGCCCUGCGACAACGUCCAUUCGCAAACGAAGCGCAUGCUAAUGCUGUCCCCGGAACCGGACUUUUGGAUCCACGCUGCGAUCGAGCUGGCGCGCGUGCCCAAGCCCGCCAGAGGGAAGGACAGCAAAGACAAAGCGAAGGCGGCGCCGACAUACGAAUACGAUGAGUCGUCAGUGAACGAUGUCGCGGUGCGGGCGGCGAUGCUGGCUGCGUACGAACGGUUCAAGCUCACGCACGGAUCUUUCGCGUCUAUACUGGCAAAUUUGGGCCAGGAGGCCCUGGAGCUGCAGCUUGAGCGCUUCUUCACUGUAUGGGCGUGGUCCUGGGAGUUUGGCGAUGGAAUAGAACUGGCAGAUACGCUAGCCCCCGCAUUACACCCCCUCCAUCGAUCUCUCCUCCCGAUUCUCGACGAAUUUCUGCAAGACAUUCAAGAGCCCGCAUCCGUCCUCCUCAUCUCUCCGCCUUAUGUCGUGCCAUCGAGUAGCUACAGAUACCCCGCCAGUCUCUCCCGCCACCUUCUUACACUUGCGCCGGUCUCUCGACCAGCUAACACCCCAUCUACGUUGUCGGAAACCACCAUCCGGGAAAAGCCUCCGGACGAUGGUACUAUCAAUUUGGAGAAGGAUAAGCAGGACCGCGGGCCAGCUGCUGGUGGGGAGCACGGUUUCAUGGGGCUACCGCAGUUCAGCAUGCCGAAGCUGAAUUGGGGAGGAUACCUGACCUUUGGGAAGAAGAAGGGGGAUGGCGAACGACGGAAGACGAGCGCUGAGGUGACGAAAGACACGGCCACGGAAGAGGAGAUCGCGAAGGUGAAGGGCGCAAGUGAAUCCGCGCAAGAAGAUAGCCAGAAAGGCGACAACGCGCAAACGGCCGACGAAAGACAAGAACGAGAAUCCGAGGCAGAGUCAUCCGAGGCAGACUCGACUGCACCGGACGCAGGCUCAACGGCACCAGACGCGAUCUCCGUUACCAUCGAGAGCGAGGACAGCGUAGCGCAACCUUAUACCGACGCCAACGUACCGCAGCCCGGUACCGAUGUCGGAGUAUCGCAACUCAUCCGGGCAGACAGCGUUCCGCAGCUCAGCCUCGCAGAAGCCAAGGUCGACCUCUCCGCCCUCGACGACGCGAUGUCCUCAAUCAGCGUGCCGCCGCCAUCGGUCGCAGCGUCAGAUGCGCCGUCGGCCAUAGCGUCAGACGCCCCGCCGCCCAUUUCGACGCCGGAGGCCGGUCUAGCAACAACAGAAGGCGGCUUAGCGGUGGAAGGCGAGAUUACCCGACCGACUUCGCGUGCGGAGGGCGAGCUCCUGGCUGUCGAGCGUGAUCUCCAAGAGCACGAUGCGAGAAACAUCAAAGCGCAGGAUAGUCUACCUCCGCCAGAAGACGACUUCCCAUCGCCGGAGGACAGCCCACCCUCGCCAACCCUUGAAGUGCAUAAGGAACCGCCUGAGCAUACCGUCACGACCGUACACCUCGAGGGCGCGGAUGGGCAGACGAGGCGAAGGAAGGUCGCGCUGUAUAUGAGGAGCGGACUCACGCUCGCGUACAUCCCCGAUGGAUUUGACGACGACAUCGCCCGCGCUCGAGACGACUCCCCGUCUUCGGGUGUAACGGACAAGAUGCCUGCUCUGUUUGAUGCGCUCGAGACAGCGACGACGGCGGAGGAGCUGGGAGGGUCCCUGGAGUCGCUACCUUCCACCUCAAGGAUUUUGCAACCCAAGGAUCAGCACAUCAUCUCCACGGAGAAUUUUUCCAUUGCGAGCUCUGGGUUUUCUUCCCGGUCAGAGCAUUUGUACAACAUUCAGCAGCUUUUGGAUGGGUACGUCGUGAUCCUUCGUCUCUUCCCCACCCUCUUCCUCUCCUUCGUAGCUCUGAUACCGACCUUUGUUUCCUACACCUUCUCUUCCCGAACAUAUGUACUCACCCUCCUCCCAAGCGAUCCCGAGAUUCGGGAGGUCUUCUCUCGGGGGCAGAACCCCCAAUACUGGCACGUCGGGCGCAGAGGGCUCGGGAACGACAGGAAGGAGGACAUUGCGGGCGACAUAUUCAUGGAAGUGUUCCGGAAAGAGGCGAGCUUGGCUGAUGUGGACAAUGCGGUGGUGGCGAGUAUACGAAAGAGUGGGCUGGAGUGA